UUUUAAUACUUGUUUUGCACGCACUGUCAUUCGCAGGCAAUCACGCGAGAAUAUGCUGCACAGAAUAUCACAAAAUAAAUGUUGUUUCAAGGCCAGCCACAAUCUUUCUAAACGACGAAAUUUCAGCGAUCGACGGGAUUAAAGUGACAUCUGGUGGCGGAUUAGUGAAAAGCAAACCGUACUGUAUAACACAUCAUCAGAAUAAAAAUUAAACUGGAAUAUAAAUAUGGAAAGUUUGCGUAGCUUUAAAUAAAAGGCAUGUUAGUUACUACAUUAGUAGAUUUAAGAUUCAAUGCAUCGCAGUAUUAACUGCUAAACUAUAUUACCUAACUGUUGACUAUAAAUAAUUAACACAUUGGUAAUAUUUUACAAUAAUUUCGCAAAUAUAGAGAACAUUAAAUAAUGGAGUGAACGCCCUAUGGCAACAAAAAUAUACAAUCUAACAUGGUACAUGCCUAAAUCAAAUGUCUAAAGAAUGGCUUGAAAAGGUAAUGAUCUGAACGCAUAACUGCACAGUUCCCUUCCUAGCAUGGCAGCGAUCUCCUCCCGUGAGUAAGAGUUGUGUUGCUCCGAUGUGAGUCCGGGUAGCUCCAGCAUCCCCGCGCGAUGAUUCCGCUCGACGUGGCAACUUUGAAUAUUCCAAAUAUGGGAGCGAGUUCAGAAAGCCCUAGGCGCCUGUCAAACCUCUGUGUGCAAACACACUGUUUCUGCAUUCCCUUUUAGAGAUAGAAAGGCAAAGAGACGUAUGGGGAGACUUUGAGACAACAGUAAAGCAGGUUCAUGGUUCAGCUUUGUUUGUGUUGUGCUCUGAAAUGAUGUGGCAUGUGCACUUUGAGACCGUGACAGGACACGACACCCAGGCAGCGGCGCGCGACUGUAUGGAGGACACCUCGAACACACACAUGUGAGUUUACUUUAAGUUUAUCCGGCGCUGUGUCUCGUGAUGGAGCCCAGAGGUCAAGGCUGGCAUACAGCAGGUUAUCAGUACCAGUCUAGUAACAGAGACAGCCACUACAGAUCCUCUCAACAGACACCCUAUUACUACCCACCUACGGACCCGAGAGGGAGAGAAAGACAGUGGCCCCAUGGGGACCCUCGCUAUGGAAGCUACAUGGCCAGUCCUCCUCCUAAACCAGACUAUAUUCCUGGAUAUAGCAGUGCUUAUUCAUCCAACCAGCCGUUACACUUCAGACCUCACUCCAGGCAGGAGCAUGACUACCCUGCCUCUAGCUACUGGCCCUACGGAGAAGAAUACGGGUAUUAUGAUCAUCACGCUUAUCACAGAUCACAAUACACUUCCCCAGACGGUGGUGUCUGGAGCCAGGGCUAUCAGGGCAGAGGACCGCAGCAGGAGUCAGCGGGAGCUUCAUACUUGGAUCAGCAGGGCUAUAGCUACAGGACAGAGGGUCCGUAUGAGGGCGGUGUCUCACAGAGACAGCACAGAGGAAACACAGGACAUGCAGAUGGACCCGGAGAGGUGUAUGAUAGUGGAGCUCUUGCCGACUCUAAAGCUUCGGGUCUGUCGUCGAGCAGCUAUGAGCUCAGCCAGUACAUCAAUGGAGCUGAACAGAGCGAGCCCGAGCUCGUAUUUCACACAGAUGCUGUACCCGUGGAGGUGGCUCCUCUGAAGUUCUGCGUCCCUCAUGUGGCAGUGAGCUUUGGGCCUUCAGGUCAGCUGGUAUGGGUCAGUCCAGCUCUCCCAUCUGAGGGUGAGCCUGCUCAAGUGGAACUUCACAGUAUGGAGGUAAUUCUCUGUGACACACUUGAACAGCAAGACAUGAGAGACUUUCCUGGACCUCUGGCUAAGGAGGAUUUGCAUAAGGUGGAUGCCAUUAAUUUUGCCCUCCAAAUGUCAGAGAAAUGCCUGAAGGAUGAGAAAGUAGAAGAUGCCACUUCUGCUGCUCUCUUGUGGCAUCUACUAAUAUUGCUGUGCAGACAGAACGGUAGAAUCAUGGGUUCAGAUGUGGCAGAACUGCUGAUGAGAGACUCCAGUUCUUUGGGUGCCUGCGUGGUCUCUGGUGAUGGAGAUGGAGAAACUCUCAUUGAUCUGAGUGAAACACCCGCAUCAGAAAAACAAACCCUCAGCUUCGCAGACCUUCUGACUGGAUAUCCACCAACUGACAAAGAAGCAGCAGAGCAAAACCUUCAGAGAUACACAAAACUGUUGCUCUCUGGCAGAAAGAAGGAGGCGCUAGAGUCAGCCAUGCAGAGUGGUCUUUGGGGUCAUGCUUUAUUUCUGGCCAGCAAAAUGGACAGCAGAUCCUACAACACAGUGCUGAGCAGGUUUACUGGGAGUCUGGCUCCUAGUGACCCUCUGCAAACCUUCUUCCAGCUGCUCUCUGGCAGGAUUCCCGCUGUUUCCAUGUCGUGGAGUAGUGAGAAGUGGGGAGACUGGAGACCACACUUGGCUGUUUUGCUGUCAAAUGAGACAGGAGACCCCUUUAUACAUCACCGGUCCAUCAUCACCAUGGGUGAUACCCUAGCCUCAAGGGACAUGCUGUAUGCCUCCCAGAUCUGCUACCUGACGGCCCAGUGUCCCUUUGGCUGGUACACAAACAGAUCAGAACGCCUUGUGCUUCUGGGCAGCAAGCAAAGUGUUCUGUUUUCCAAGUUCUGUCACAACUCUGCCGUUCGCUGUACUGAACUUUUUGAGUACUGCCAGAGGCUUGGAAAUUCUGAAUUCUUCAUUCCAGCUUUUCAGGUGUACAAAUUCCUCUAUGCAUGCCGGUUGCUGGACUGUGGUCUGGUUUCUCAGGCUUUCCACUACUGUGAGGUGGUGGCCAAAGCUCUGCUCAAGAUAGAAGAAGCCCAUGUGGUGCUGCAGGGAGAACUUAUUAAAUUGGUGGACAGGCUGAAGUUCUCCGAGGCACAGCUCAGUGACACAGGUCAGCCUUUCCUGGAUCCUGACUGGCUGGUGCAGAUUCGCUGCAGACACCGGCCCAUGCGGGAAGGGAGCGACUGUGGUGAAACAUAUCAGUCACCAGUUGGGGAGACUACUUGGAGUCGUGAAGAGAGCAACACAUUUUCAGAUUUCAAAGAAGGCUUCCAGACAGAUGGCGUUAACCACACUAGCACUGGAAACGAAACCUCAAACCCACCUCAGCCCGUGAUAUCACACCCUGAUGCUGGGCUUCGGGAGUCUUACCCUCCAGUGAGCCACUCUUACUCUUCUCCUAUGACUGUGGCCCCAGUGCCUCUGUACCCGACCCAGCAGCCCAGCACGCUGACCCCAGUCUUCCCUGUGGAAAUGCCUGGGCCUCCACAAGUUUCAAUGGACCAAAGCCACUCUAAUCUCAACGGCAGCAUUAAAAAUGAUAACCUUUACAGAGGCUACAAUAAUACAGAUGGUGACUUUUCUGCCGGGGCAGUAAUGGGUGCCGCUGGACAUGACGCUGUAGCCGAUAGCGUUAAUCAGCCUGAGACGAUUACGAAUGAGGACAAGCAGAGAGAGUCAGCAAAGACCUCUAAACCUGGGUGGUUCAGUGGCUGGUUCAAGUCUAAGCCUAAAGAAGACCCAAAAGAACAAAUCCCCACCACUAGGGACUCAACAGCCAGCUUUCCUCUCCCUUCUCCUCCUCCACCCCUCUCAAAGGCAUCCCAGCCCCGACUAAGUGGGAUCAAUCCUUUUUCUAGGAGUGCUGGACAAAAACCGUCUGGGACAAUGAGUCAGAAUCAAGGGUCCCUGUCACAGGGACCCUAAUGAAGGUUCAUAAUUGAGGAAUAAUCAUCAAGUGAAGAACUCAGGGGUGGACUUUUCAGCCUCGUGACUUGUGCCACAUGACCAAAGGAUUCCUCCGGCACAGCCCUACUAGAGGAGGUCAAGAGGGGCCUAUGCAUCUUUAUAUACAGUAACAUCUGUGGGUACAGAAAUACACUGAGGACAUAGAGUUCUUGAAAUAAUCUGUUAAGGGUUUGGUGCCCAGUCUUCUUCGAAUGAAGAUACGGAACAGCUGAGGCACAGCUCCUCGUGCUGACUCUAGGGAUUUGUGUCAUUCCCUGUAGGGGACAUGAUGGAAAUGGGUGCUGAGCAAAGGUGCUGUGACCUGUGGAAACAUGAACUUAAGACGUCUCCACAGCUGGCAAUGUCAGUAAAUUGUAUAACAUGUAACACUUCCAUGCCUCAUCCCACCUACCCACACGCAAAAUGAUUUUAAUAGUGGCUUUUCGCGACCCAGACGUUUAAGACAUGGAGUAGUGAGGAUGUGAAAUGUUGUAAUUGUACAGGUGGUCUCUUCGGGCCACGGCCUUGAUUUAUUCCAAAGGGAGAUAUAUCCAUGUUUCAUUCGAUACGUCUACCAAAAAAAUGCAUUCGUUUGUUGUAAAAAAAUUCUAAUAAAAAUCAAUAGUAUUUGUA